GAUUUUAAUGACAUCAAAAUAUGUUUAUUGGUUUCUCCAUUGUUCGUUGUGUUUUAUAACUUUAUUUGUGUGUUUUUAUGAUGUAAAGCCCUUUGAACUGGCUUGUUGCUGAAAUGAUCGGAGGGACACUGAUGUCCAGAUCUCACUUUCACUGCUGAGUGUCAAACUGAAGCUGAUGGACAUGAUGUUUUCAUCCUGCUGUCCGGGUUGCAUUUUAAAUGACUGGACCUAAUAAAAGCAGAGUCCAUUCCCUGGGAGUCCAUGCCUGUCUUUGCCGUGGCUCCCAAAGAAAACCAGCAGAAGGGCAGAAAGUAGAUGAAGGGAGGCGGCAGCAUAAAUACAAUGAUCUCUGAAUCUGGUGUCGUUCAUCAGAGCAGCGAUCAUCCUCCCAGCCCCUCAUCCUCCUCCCUCCGCUCAGCAGCCUGUCAGCUGAGCAGCAGCCGGGACACCCGGAGCACCAGCAGCAGCUUCCAGCCUCUGUUCUCCGCCUGCAUCAUGACAUCUGGGGAGUUCCUGCCGAGCGCUCCGCUGCUGGUGCACAAAUCCAGGAGGAGCCUGAUCUACAAGUCGCUCUGCUUCCUUCUCCUCUUCUUCCAGGGCGGCGUCCUGGACUUCUACCUCAUCCUCUUCACCGACCUGUACUGGUGCUCGUGGAUAGCCACGGACCUGGUGGUCAUCUCUGGCUGGGGAGUCUUUUUCCUGAAGAACGCUCGAAGCCAGAGGGAACGGGCCUGCGGCUUCCACCAGAAGAGCUCCAUUUUCGGCUGCAACCUCGGAGAGUUCGCCUACGCCUACCUGGCCUGGCUCAUCUAUGUCAUCGCCUGCACCCCGAAAGUCGUGCUCAUCCUGGAGACGUCCAUCCUGGACCUGAUCGCGCUGAAGGUGCCGUGCGGCGUGACCGGCUUUAAAAUCACGGUGCUGCUGUCCGCGCCGCUGCUCUUCUGCCUCAUCAAUUCCAUCGUGGUGGAUUUAAACGGUCCGACCCGCCACCACUCCCAGAGCUGCUUCACCAGCACCUGCCUGGACCUGCUGGACUCGUUCACGCUGAUGGAGAUGCUUCUCAGAGGCGAGCUCCCAUCCGUGUACCUGAAGUACACGGUGAUCACGGUGUACUUCGUGGCCCUGGCGGUCCCGGUGGUUUGGCUCUACGAGCUGACGGCGGCGGAGCUGCGGUGCCGGUGGCUGUGGGCCCGCUUCUCCACCGGACUGCUGGUCAACGCUCCGCUGCUCGUCGUGCGUUGCUUCCAGGUGUAUGUUUACAAGAUGCCGGUGUCGGUGUUCAUGUUCAAGAACAUCUUCCUGCUGGCGUGCCGCCUGCUGGAGCUGCUGGAGCAGUGCGCCGCGGUGCAGGGCCUGCGGAGGCGGACUGGCACCAACAACCCAGCCCAGUUCUCCCAUUGCGUGUCCGAGAACGACAUGUGCCCCCACGGAUAUGUCAACACUCUGGCCGUCACGCAAUCUUAACAUCAGCCUGCAUGUGCUGGAGUCUGGGGGGGGGGGACGACCACAACAUCACAGCUUCUCGGAUAAAAACAUCCAGGCUGCAGGAUUUCCACUAGCAGAAGAUGAAGAUAAACCAGCAGCACCGCGGAUCUCUCGUUUCUAGAAACUGGAUGUUCAAACAGCUUCUCUUUUUAUCAUGAGAAGUCAGCAAACUUUUCUUCUCUUUCUGGAUAACAAACCUCCACGGAGUCUUCUUCUGAUCUUUGUUGCUUUUGGGGGAUUAUAUCACAGCUCUGCUUUCCUUACACCAACACCCAGGACCUGAGGAACUUCCUGUAGAACUUUAAAUCAUUUUCUACAGGACAUGCUUGGCUGUAGACUUUUGUCUCAUAUUUCCCAGCUCUUAUUUAGAACCAGUUCACACAGGUCACAUUCAUAUUAAACUGGUGCAGACAAAUUAAUAAUAGUGAUAAUAAUUACAAUAUGAUCUUGUUGAGUUUUGGACGUAGUAGCAAAACGUGUGUUCUGACUCCAGAUGUCAUGGACAGCAGCAGUUUCUGUUCCUGUGGCUUUGUGCUUGAUUUGUCAGAACCAGGGCAGAAUGUGUGUCUGUAGUUUAGUUGAGUGACUCAGUGGAGUGGACCUCUGUCUGCAGGUCCUGGCUGAUGCCACAGUGUUGGGGCAAUGAGUUCAAUCUGAUGUGAUGGUUCUGACAGGCCGCCUGCUCCGUCCUCACUGAGCCGUUCAGAUUUCAGCUCUGGUCUCAGAUGAAGGUGAUGGAAUGUAAAGUGCUUGUCAGAGCAUGAAGCCUGUAACCUGGGUUACUACAGGAGGUUUACUUACUGGUACAAAUAGAACUUCUGGUGGUUGUGCCUUGGAAGCCACAAUAUUCUCAAUAAAAAGCCGACGUCAUAUUUCAUCACUUUGACCUAAAACACAUGAGGCUGUUCCUAACAUGAAGGUUGUAAAAAGUGUGACUUUAAAAGUCCAGAUUUGGACCAAAUGUUUCUCCAGCCUUGUGGACCAGAGAGCUGUGCUGUGCUCCUCCUCCCCCACCUGUUGCUGCACAUGGCCAGGGUUUAACUUUUCCCUGAAGGAGAAGCUUAGAUGGUGGGAAAAAUUAAAGAAGGUCAAAGACAUAUUUGCACAAUAAAUACAUUUAUUCAUUGUCAUAGUGAAUAUGUUAUAUUCAUAUAUUCAAUCAACAGAUGUUUUUAAAUGAAAGUAAUUUUAUUAAAUUAAACACUUAUUUGGCAGCGUCAGAAUACAGAGCAGCACAAGGGGGCAGUUGGUCGCCUUCUGGCAAGAAGGUCUUGGGUUCAAAUCCCCAGUUGGGGUCUUUCUGCAUGGAAGUUUGAAUGUUCUUCUCAUGCCUGUGUGGGUUCUCUCCGUUACUCCAGCUUCCUUUUACAGUUCAAACACGACUGUUAGUCUCUAUACUGCCAUUUGGAACACAUGUGUGUAUGUGUGUGUGUUAAGGCUGUAACAAUUUCUCGAAUAAUUCAAGUACCUCGAUUAUUAAAAUUCCUCGAGAAAAAUGUAUCUGCCUCGAAGCUUCGAUAAAUUAUGUUUUAUUAUUCAGCGCGCCGAGUUCUGGCCGGGUCAUUAUUUGUGUCGGGCAGCGCUCUCACUUCCGCCUGGGAGCUGUUGCUCAGUGCUGGCAGCAUGAUGUCCAGUUUUCUGGGUUUUAUUGAGAGAGAAAGAGGGAGAUCCUGAUUACUCGAUUAAUUGUAGCAAUAAUGGAUAGAGUACUCGAUUACUAGAAUAUUCUUUUACAACAGCCCUAGUGUGUGUGUAUUUCUGGGUCGAUGACGGACUGCAGUCUCACCUAGUGACUGCUGGAGUUGCCCCAGGGUGACCCUGCACAGACAGUGGAUGAUAUGAGGAUGCCCAAUCAUAUGGCUUUUAUUUGCAGUGGAGUCUUGUGUUUUGCUCCAUUACCUAAUUGAGAGAGCAGCUUUCUGAUUUAUCCAUAAUCAACAAGUUGUCUUACCCCAACACUACGUCCUACUGUUGUAGUACAUUUGCUCUGUCAUUUAGUGAAAGACCAGGGAGGAAUAGUGAUGUAAAGAGCUGAAAAAGAAGGCAGUCAGUCUGCACAGGUGGGCUUUGACAACGGCUUUAGAAAAUUAUGUGAUUUCAAAUGAUAAUUUGUCAAAAGAAACAAAUAAUAUUGUUGGUCUCUGAUGCCCACAAAAGGGAUAUAGUACCUGAGAUUCUUCAUCAGUACCAAAAGACAUUUGCUGUCUUCAGGAGUGAAGCAGACCUGCCUUCUGCUCAGGCUCUUAUCACUGCAAUGACCCGAAUAUGUCAAAAGAACAUAAACUGUUAUAAUGUGAGAUGUUGCUUAGUGUCUUAUUUUAAGUUGGAAUGUCAUGCCUUAUCCUGCUUGAUGUGGCAGUUUGUGCAAUAUUUCACAAAUAAAGAUACAUUUAAUGCCUUUUGCUGAA